GUUUUUUUUUUGACAAAUGACACUUAACCUCAAAAUAAUAAUGCCUAUCGAUUUUAUAGGUUAUGCUUGUUUACACUUAUAAUUUUUAACACCAAUAAAACGUAUAAUUAUUAUAAACUUUUCCCAGAUGUUCACCAAAUAAUUCCUCUUCAAUAUGUCCUCAAUGGUGCAAUACGUUGUGGUACGCGGAGACUUAAUAAAAGAGCCCCUUAAAUGGCCCCUCGGAGCCCUGUUAGCUCAGGCGUGCCAUGCAGUAACUGCCGUAACCCAUUUGUACUACGAAGACGAGCAGACCCAAAUUUACUUAAAAGAUCUCGAUAACAUGCAUAAGGUUGUCCUGGAAGCCCCCAAUGAGCAGAGUUUGGUCGACUUAAAACAGAAGCUGGAAGAGACUGGUGUCAAACAUAAAAUGUGGAUCGAGCAGCCUGAAAAUAUCCCCACCUGUAUAGCAGUUAAACCUUAUGGGAAAGAGGAGGUGCAGAAGUAUUUUAAGAAGUUUAAAUUGUUUAAAGGCUAGAGAAGCUUAUUGUAAGUGAGUGAGAUUUAAGUUGUAAAGUUAAUCAUUGAACUUUUAUGAAUAACAGUUCCUAUCAGCAUAUAUAAUAAAAUGACAUAAUAAAAAAAAAUCAAAUCAAAAAAGCCUCUAAAUACCUA